GAGAGAAAGGGAGUGGGAGUGAGAUAUCUAGUAACGAUACUCUCUUAUCCAAACGAACGAGACAAUGCACGACUCGCCGGUGUUGGGCCAACGCUAAGUGAAGAGCGUGUUAAGUCCAUGCACGACAAUUAGUUACAAAUUGAAACCCAUUUUCCCCCUGCAAGCUGAAACAGUGUUGAGUAACGCGUAGCAGAGAAACGAACACAAAUACGAAUAGAACGAGUUGAGAAUCGAGAGAUUCAACAAAACGAUCGAUUAAACCUUGGGCGCCAUGGCAAUGCUCGAGGCGCGGCCGUACAGGCCAUUCAAGUCCAGUGAAGAGUACCUGGAGGCGAUGAAGGAGGAUCUGGCCGAAUGGCUGAGCACCCUCUAUCCGGAGCUGGAAAUUAAGGCGGAGAACUUUAUGGAUCGCCUGGAUACGGGCGUGGCGCUCUGCAAGCACGCAAAUUAUGUGCGACAAGCAGCCGAGGACUAUUUGGCCCGCCGACAGGCGCGCAACAAAUCAAUGACACGCUCCAUGACUUCCGGCUUGGCCGGACCGAUCCUCGCCCUGGGCAACGUCUACUAUCUGCCCGCAGCCAAGAGCGGCACAUUCUUUGCGCGCGACAAUGUCUCCAAUUUCAUAACCUGGUGCAGAAAGAGCCUGAAGAUCAUCGAGUGCCUAUUGUUCGAAACGGACGAUCUGAUCAUGCGCAAGAACGAGAAGCAUGUGAUACUCUGCCUGCUGGAGGUGGCCAGACGUGGCGCCAAGUUUGGCAUGCUAGCGCCGAUGCUUGUGCAAAUGGAGCGACAAAUCGAUCGCGAAAUCGCGGCCGAUAACAAAGCCAACGGCGUCGGCUGUGGCACACAGACAAACAACGGCUGCUCGGAGAGCGGCACUCAAACGGAGGCGCCACCUAUCGGCGAUGAGUGUGUGGCCAACGAGACGGAUCUGUACGACAGCGAUACAGAGAACGAGGAUGAGAACGACAAGGAUCCGAUGCUGAUGUACGGACCCCAGCCACAGAUCAUAACCAACGAUCUGAAGAGCCUCGACGAGAUGGUCAGAGAUUUGGUGGAGAAGUGCACAUGCCCCUCACAGUUUCCCAUGGUGCGCGUUUCCGAGGGCAAAUAUCGCAUCGGCGACACCAAAGUCCUCAUCUUUGUGCGGAUCUUGCGCUCGCAUGUGAUGGUGCGCGUGGGCGGAGGCUGGGACACGCUCUCCCAUUAUCUGGACAAGCACGAUCCCUGCCGCUGUCGGGCCCAGCAUCGCAGCUCGCUGCAGGCGCGUCUGAUGAUCCGCAACACGAGCAAUUCCGGCAAUGGCAUUGAGCUGCACAAGGCGCAUGUGAUAUACGAACGCUCACCACCAGCAGCUCGACGCGUGUUAUCGAAUGGCGCAACUGGUUCCGGUUCUGGUUCCGGUGCCGUUUCACCAGCCGCUGGCGCUGGCGGCACCUCACCCAAUGCCAGUCUAGCAUCCAAUGGCGGCAGCGCCGUCGCCGUGAAGCAUCGCAGUCGCAGCCCGACGCCACAGCGCAAGUUCUUGAACCAGACAAACGGAUUGGCCCAGACCGGAUUGGAGCCGUUGCCGGCGGGCUCGCCCUACAUGGCCCGGCGCUCCAUGUCGCCCAGUCAGCGGCGCAUCAACGAUAUGCGCAAGAAGCAGAGCUCGCUGGACGGCUACAGCAGCGGACCGAAGUCGCUGCCCGCUGGCUCGGGCGCAGGAGGCGCAGAUGGGCAGGAGGAGUCCACAUCAUCAUCGUCGUCAUCAUCAUCGUCGGCGGCAACGGCGGCAACAGUCGCUGCAAUCGCCCAGCCCGAGCAGAGCAACAAGUUCGAGAACAUCAGCGACAAUGGCAGCGAGAUCAGUGACGAGGGCUACCGCAGCCUGGGCGUCAUCCAGUCGAAUGCACAGAAGCGCGAGUCCCUGCACAGUCAGGCCUCCAUCGAGGACGCUGAAACGAAUGCGCGUCUCGAUCAAACGUCAAGCGACUCGCAGAGCUCGCCCACGGAUGAGCACGAGCAGGAGCACGAGCGGGAGCAGGAGCAGGAGCAGGAGCCAGUGCCUGAGGUGGAACUCAAGACGAAUUGUGUGCAGGAGGCAGAGCCGGUGCCAGACUACUCCAUCUGCGAGCUGGACGGACCCCAAUCGCUGCCCGCUGUGCUGCCCUGGCGCAAGACCGCCUGCGCCAGCAAGUUUGAGCAGUCCGGCGUGUUCAUUACGGAUGAUGAGAUUACAGUGACCACAGAUCCAGCAGAGGCGGUGCCAGUGCCAGUGCCAGUGGGAGUGGCAUUGGCAGAGCCAGAGACACAGGCAGAGGCAGGCGGCAACAAGGCGCCGCCGGCAGCGGGUCUCAGCAAGAUACCGCGCUCGCCCCUCGCCAGCCGUCGGCGCCGCAGCAGCAUCGACAACAGCACCUGCGGCAGCAGCAACGGCGGCAGUCUGCAGGACUUGCACAGCAUCAACCGGAAGCAGCCGGUCUAUCGGUCGGUGCGUCGCCCGCCGGCCACGCCCAGGCCGAAGGCCUCGCAGCUGCCGCUGGUGCGCGACGUGACCAACACGUGGAGCGGACGCAGUGCACCCCAGAAUGGAAUCGCCGCUAGCAAGAAGCGGCCCACCAUCAAUCCGGAUACGUUUGCGCCGCCCACUGGCGCAGCCGCUGCGACGUCCACGUCGCCGUCGCCGUCGCCCUUUGAGCGCGGCAGCAAGACGCGCCACUCGCAGAUCCUCUACGACAGCAACGGACGGCGGGUGCGCGGCGGCUGCAGCAGCUCGCUGACGACGUCGCCCGUGAAGAACCAUGCCGCCUCGCCGCUGGCCCAGCAGCUGCUCGAGGCGGCGAGCAGUUCCAAGAAUGAUGCACAGAUUCUGGAGAAGAUGAAGUCGCUGCUCUAUCGCUAUGCCGCCGGCAAUCAACAGAAGCAGCAGCCACAGCAGCAGCAGCGGUCGGGCAAUGGCAAGAAGACGCCCGUCUACGAGGACUUCACAUCGGCCUGGGUCCACAGCAACGGCAAUUUGGAGCGCUCCGAGAGCUGCUCGCCGCCGGCCAAGGCGCGCUCCAAGCGCAGCUCGGCCGCCUCCUCCUGCGGCAGCAACAAUUCAGCUGGAGCUGCCGCUGCUGCUGCAGUCAUAUCGCCACGCAGGGAGCGCGGCCUGUCCAAGAUUCCGGCACCAGUGCGUCAGCACACGGAGCUUUAUUAACGGCGCGCCAAGGCGCAAGCCAGGCACAGCCCGAUCACAGCGAAGCAGGGGCGCCCUAGACCAUAACUAAGCUAAAGGAAUUGUCCGUCUAUAUGUCUGGGUGGUUUGUUAGAUUGUAGCGAACGCAGCCGUUCCAAUAGACCUCAGCAAGCUAACAACAUACUCGUCUCUCUCCACACAUACAUAUAUAUAUAUGUAUAUAUAUAUACAAGAAUACAGGAAUAGGAACUGAAGGAAAGGGAAAAGGAAAAUCAAUAUAAACUGCAACUGCCUCAUUAGAUCCCCAGGAACUCGGCCAAUCCAUGCACCAGUGCCAGCAGCAAUCAUAUUCCAGAGUAAUCCUUAAGCACGCCACGUCUACUCGCUGUUCUUGCUGAACACUCUCUGCUCUAUGCUAAACUCUUACUCCUAACUCUUAUCAUGUCAGCUUACUCGUUGCUGACACUCGCUGCUUCGUCUCCUUACAACUAACGAGUGGAGGCGGUGUUUAAGAGCUGUACUGCAGCAAUGCUUCCAUUAGCUUCACGGUCGUCACUCGUUGCAUUUCUAUCAAGCGAGUGACGAGUGCAGCUAAGCUCUCGUCUCUCUCGUUACUCUCCUGGAAAGUAAAUUGAUCGCUACUCGUCACAUUUCUAUCUAGCGAGUAACCAGUAAAGCUUAGCCCUUUUACAGAAGUCAAUGACACUCUCUCGUUCUACUCGCUCGUCUAGCAAGUAGAACGAGUCGCUACUCGCGACUCGCCACUCGCUACUCGUCGUGAUUGCUUGUGGCCUGCGUGCCGUGCGAUGCGUCGAGAACCAAACAUUUACAAUCCAAAAUUGAGACUUUCAAACUACAAUUUUAACGUUUCCUCUUCUAUAUACAUAUAUACGGAUUUUUUCGAAUAGAACCUAAAGAUAAGAUAGUUUUUUUUUUGGCAUACAAAAUCUUAAGGAACUCUGAUGCAUUGCUCYCGUGAUAGAUCUUAGAAGCAACAGCAAAGAAAAUA